UUUAUUCUUUGGUUUGACCAGUCUGCCUAUUGAUCAUAUUAUUUUGUGUGUCUGUGUUUGUUUUAGGAUGGGACAGUGACAUGUCUGGAAUCCUCCUCCUCCUGUAUCUAUUUCCACCUUCAGCACAGGGUCGCAAGCGACCUGGCAAGAUGGCGGCGGCUCAAGCAGAGAAGCUUCUCGUGGUGUUUCAGAAGACAGGAACCAGCAUACAACAGCACCUUGAUUCCAUCGAAGAGAGAAGACAGCCCUAUCUUCUUGCCACCGGUACCAAGAAAAGUCGCAUCCAUGGCUACUACAUCAUACUGGACAAGCAAGCCAUAGCGUGUCAGGCUGUGAGUGCUGUUGGAGCAUUUGAUGAACUUUUUAAAGCUCACUUUGUAUUUGGCACAUCCUAUAACAAUGCGCUGUACAAAAUGUACACUUUCAUUCAGACCACAAUUUUUGAAAUAGACAUAGGGAAGGUUAGAGAGACUCCUCGGGUUGCUGAACUCAGAGCAAGAUUGCUCCACUAAAUUAGCUGUUGAGCUCUAUUAAUCUAUAAGCAAGGUGGUUUCUGACUAUAUGUUGUGUAUUCUAUGUAGUCAAUGUUUUGGUGGGGUGAAUCUUCUUGUUAGACACUUGAAGAGUGUUCAUGGUUUAUUGCCUGGGAAAACUCUCUCCCUUAAAUGUGGCCAGGCUGGUUGUUCUCUAGAGUUUGGGUCGUUUUCAGGGUUUAGAAAACAUUUAAAUCGAGUUCACAGUGGACAAAGUUCAGUUCAAAGUAUCACUGAGGGACAGACCGCUGAGGCCAGAAAUGUGUCAAUGUCUUGUGAUGAUGAUAGUGAUUUGUGUUUUAGCGAUGUGGCUACCUCCUCAGUCAAAACUGCUGAUCUUUCAGUGACCAAUAAAAACACCAAGGAUGCUUGUGGAGCUAUUGUAGCUCAACUGCUGUCAGCAGGAGUAGGCCAAAAUACUGUUGAUGGGGUAGUGUCGUCAUUGGAAGAACUUGUAGAACAGAUUCAAAGUCAGGUGAAAGAAACAGCUUUAAAAUGCUUGUCCCCAGAAAAAGAAAUGCAUACUGGAAUUACAAAAGCAUUUAGUGAAAUUGAAAAUCCUUUUACCUCCCUUAAUACAGUCUCUAAACAGAAGUCCUAUUUCAAAGAGACAUGUGAAAUUGUUACUCCUGUAGAGAAAGUACUUGGAGUCAGGUUUGAUAAUAGGAGGAACAAAAAAACUGGUACUUACGACCAAGUGCUCGUCACAGACAAAUUCUCUUAUGUUCCUAUUCUACAAACAAUACUGUCCAUUUUCAAAAACCCAAAGACGAGUAGUAUGCUCAAAUCUGGCAGGAGUUCCCCAGAUGGCUUCUAUGUUGAUUUGGAGGAUGGGUUAUACAUAAAGGCACAUCCACUUUUUUCAAGUGAGAGUCAUGCAUUAAAAAUACAGUUGUUCUAUGAUGACUUUGAACCAUGUAAUCCCUUGGGAUCCAAGAAAGGUUCUCAUAAAAUAGGAGCCAUAUACUUUACAUUGAGAAAUUUCCAGCCUAAAUUUAAUUCAUGUUUGGACAACAUAUAUCUAUGCAUUCUCUUCCACACCCAAGAUAUUAACACAUAUGGGUUCAAUGCAAUAUUAGAGCCACUUGUAUCAGACCUUAAAGUACUCGAGACUGAGGGAAUUGAAGUUCAUUGCUUUAAUGACCGUUUACGGGGUAGUAUAUUCCAAGUAACGGGGGAUAAUCUUGGAUUGCAUUGCUUGUUUGGAUAUGUUGAAUCAUUUUCAGCCCGUUACUGCUGUCGAUUUUGCCUGACUGAGAAGGAAAAGUUUCAAACUGUCUUUUUCGAGGAUGACCCCAGUGUGACUUUACGAUCAAAAGAUAUACACCUGCAACAUUGUGAAGCUAUUCAGGCAAACCCAACACUAACUCAUGUGUAUGGUGUUAAGCGUUAUUGUUUACUUGAUGAGCUUAAGUUCUUCAGUGUAUCAGAGAAUUUUUCUGUUGACAUAAUGCACGAUAUAUUAGAAGGAAUAGCCCAAUACGAGAUGAAACUAGUAUUGGAAUAUUUGAAGUCCAACUUCAUUUCACACAGAGAACUUCAAGCUCGGAUAGUCUCAUUCAAUUAUGGCUACACAGAGAGUAAGAACAAGCCACCUGGAGUCAGACUAGAAGAAGGAAAUGAUUUAGGGCUUAAUGCUAUCCAGACAUGGUGUUUUGUCAGAAAUAUGCCCCUUAUAUUUGGGGAUGUUUUGCAGAGAGGUGACAAGUGCUGGCAGCUUCUUUUACUACUUGUGCAAAUAGUCAACAUUGCGUUUUCACCGAUUUUAACAGAAGGUUUGACCAUUAUUUAAAACAUGUCAUAGCUGAACAUCACAGGCUAUUCAAACAUUUAUUUCCCUCUAAAAGGCUUUUGCCGAAACAUCAUUUUCUAAUUCAUUAUCCACGUUGUAUAAGACUUCUAGGGCCUGUUCUUCACAUGUGGUCAAUGCGUUAUGAGUCUAAGCAUUAUUACUUCAAGAAACAACUGAAAAGUUUUAAAAAUGUAACUAAGACUCUAGCAAUCAAACAUCAAAAUGACCUGGCCUACAAGUUUGGCUUGGCGUCUACCACUAUUAAAAAGGGUCCUGGGAAAAUGGUUGCUCUGUGUGAUGUCAAUGAAGGUGACAAUAUUGCAUUGUAUUUGAAUGUUUCUGUGGAAAUUUCUGUUUUGAAAGUUAAAUGGGCAAAAGUCCAUGGCACUGAAUAUCGCCCCAAGUUGAUCAUUUGCAGUAGUGUUGACAUUGAUCUUCCUAAGUUUUGUCAAAUCAGAGACAUUAUUAUACAAGAUGAAAAAGUACUUUUGAUCUGUGUAGUUCUACAUACAGAUUAUUUUGAUGAACAUUUUCAUUCAUUGAAAGUCAGUUUCAAAGAGGUUGAGGAAUGGAAGAUUGUCAGUGUAAAUGAACUUGUGUACCAUAAACCGUUUGACUUGCAGAUGACAUAUGGCACACAGGAUGAUUUCAAAUAUAUUGUGCCGAAUUGUGUCUUCAUUCAGAAGUCAUGUUAACCUCUCCAAUAAAAUCUGAACUGAAGCUGAAAUAUUGAAAAUGUGUUUUAUUAUAAUUUGACACUUACAAA